UUUCGUGUGAAAUUUCGCACUACGUCAGUGGCUUCCAAUUUGCAGACAAAUCUUUUCAUCGCCGCGCGCUGUGUUUCCUUUUCGACUUCUUUACUCUUUUUUAACGUAUUGGUUUUUAUACUGUGGAGCUACAUUACCCAGACUAUACCAGCGAGGUGAGAAAAACAAUUCUUCUAAGACAUCUUUAUGUAUUUAUUUCCAUUACACGAUCUAAAGUCGCAGAUGUUCUCUUAACUUUUAGAUAUUUCACUUUUCCUAAGUAAUCGUUUACAAAUACAUGGAAUAUAUACUGUUAGGACAAGGAUCACGACAAAGGAAUGGGUAUAUUAUUUCGCUACGAAAUUUUUUAAGCCGCCGCAAGUCACGCACUAAUAAUGACUCGGCAAAGGUUCGUGUUUUAAUUACAAUAUUAGGGAGUUUAAGAUACACGACAGCGACGGCGACGGCCACGAAAACGUCGCUUAAAUAGUGAAUUUGCGUUGUUUCAAUCUCUAUCCCGAUAACUCCAACUCAUUUACUUUGUCAAAUGCAAGCGAACUCUUUUUGAGCCAAAUUCCUAAGACUGACCAUAUUCAAGUUCGGGAAGAGAAAGAAAUUUGAGAUCAGGCAUUUUCUCGUCGUAGUCGUGAAGUGACAGCAAAGCAAUGUACAAAAAAGCGUGCUGCACGUGCAGAGUUGUUGUUUUGUCUAUUCAACCUAUUGCUUUUAUGUUCACAGCAAAGUGUCUGAAGUUUCUUCAGCAGAAAACGGUGUCUAAUGUCGUAAUGAGUUUUAGUUGACAGGGGUGCUACUUCCUGAAUUCAGUGCCGUUGUGCCGCUGUCAGGUCUUUGAGAGUUUACUAAGACAUCAGUAGAAGGCAGUUCCACUUUCCAUUUCGGCAUUUGCAUAAUCCCUAUUACGCUAAUUACCCACAGUUUUCUCAGGAACGAAAAAUGAAUCGGGUAGGUCUCAACACUCAACAGACUUUCAUGACAGUCCAAAGAAAAAAAGGUUAUACUCAGGUGCACUCCAUUUAAUCACAUGCAUACAAUCAGUGAUACCUAACCAAAUUUACUUACCUUAAGAAUAUGCUCCCUUUAAGAAAACUUUAAGACGGGAUUCUCGAAGCUUCCAGGUAAUCAGACAAUCCAUGGAGGGAGGAAAGCAUUACGAACGGUAUUUCAAUUAGUGCUUUAAACAAUCUGCAUUUUUUUAGGUUUCUGCGUCCGUGUUAACAAGCAUUCGGUUUUCGAACGGAAAAUGAAAAUUACCGCAAAGGGGAAUUCAUGAUUUACCGCCGCGGUUCGGUUUUUACCGACAAUUUGUUUAUAAACAAACAAGACGCUACGGAGCGUACACUUCGGCUUCGUAGUUGUGGAACUGAUUAAUUGUAAAUGCGGAGGAAUAGUAAGAAAUGAAAUAUGGUAAGAGUAAGGUGUUAAUUUGUGAAAUUAUGGGAUUUGUCAGGACAUUCUGAAAAGAGCAAUAUCCAAUAGGCCUACUUGCCAAAAACUAGCAUUUCGGGACAAAUUGUCUCUGAAAUACUAGCCCAGUUAUGCUCUAAUGACCCCAUACAAGUCCUUCUAAAUUUGACUUGGGUCUAAACGUUUAGACCUAGGUCAAAUAUGAGGUUGCUGGCGGUGAAUAACAAGUCUAACAAAACAAACAGUGAAAAAUGAAUUGUCUAUUUUUCUUAGUCCAUGUUACGAGUUCGAAUGUUUUGAGGAUAAUUAUUCACUGACUAUCAGCACGCAGGGAUGUCGGAUUAACUCAAGGAAGUUUAAUACCAAAGAAACAUAGCCUUUACAAAGCUUUAAAACACAGCAUCCGCCAACGCAAACUUGACUUGAACUUAAGUAAAACUAAACAGCCUCUGCCAAUAAUAACAAAACUCUCACUUGAACUUCAGGUAUCUUACGGCUUCCGCCAACUUCUAAACACAGAACUUGAAAUUCGACCUUCGUCACACUUGACUAAACACAGCAGUCCAGCUUACUUAGUUCGUCAAAAGAACUCGCUUGGAACUUGUAUACCGUUUAACAUAAGGUUCUAGAAAAUACUAAACAGGCGAACAGUAGCAGCUUUUCGACAUAUUUUAUGAUUUCAGUAACGGGUGCAAAUCUGCUGACUCAUGCUGAAAUGUAAACAUGCACCAAUUAAUUAUUCAUGAAUAAUCCAAAAAGGUAGAGAACGUUCGAGAACGUCACGCAACGCAUGAAAGCAAUUUUACUACGUAACACUCAACAAAGACAAAAUGAGUUUGUGCAGCGUUUUGUAACUUUAAAUUCAUCAUAAAACAGUUCGAAAGGAGGUCUUACUCGUGAAAUGUUUUUCAACACUAGAAGAGAAAUUUCGUGUCUCUGCGUUGCCACGUAAUAUCCUGUAUUUAUUCCUUGAGUAAAUUAAAGACUAAACUCGAAGUGAUCUCAAGAUAUCACGAAGUAGUCCCGUCUCAUUUCGUGAAAUAGCCGAAACAAGCCUAAAAGUCACGAACUUGCUCGCCCAAUCUUGUCCCGAAACUAGUGCAUCAUUUCAUAACUACUUUUCAUAUUUCGAACUACCCUGGGUGGCAGUGGCGCAAUCGGCUAAUCCCUCAACUUAGAGUCUCCUCUGAUCCGACGACUCACACAGGUGAGUCGGUUCAAACCCCGGGAAAGCCAACAUAAUAGUUCUUUCUUCCUCGAAAAAGUUAAAGAAAAGAUGAAAAAAUCGAAGUGAUCUCGAAAUGUCUCCAACUAAUUCGGCUGUCAAUUCGUCAAAUAGCCGAAUAAAACCGAAAACCUACAGACUUUGCGUGCCCAAUCUUGUCAAAAAAAGGCAACUUUGAUACAUUGCUGAGCGUCGCGAAUCCUUUACUUCGCGCUCCGCCGAAGUAAUAAGUGAUGUAACAAAAGAUGUCAAGACUAAUUCAUUUUCCUUGGAGUGAUCUACAUUAUAUGAAUACAUAUGCAGAGGUAAAAAGCUUUUACUCGAGAUUCACGCACUAGGCGAUCAUCGGACCAAACACUUAAUAGUACUAUGCGCAGACAGGUUUCAUUUGGUAUACCAAUAUAAGGUGUUUCGACGGUUUUCAGAGGCCAUACCGAUAUUUUUCAAUCACUUUAAAAGUGAUUUAUUUAUCCUUGUCUGAUCGCUAUAAAAUUUUCACCAGUGAUUGACUAUAAAUUGAAAUUUGUCAAAAUGUAGGUUUUAGUGAAAUCGAGACUACUAUGACAACAAUAAACAAAAAACUUUGAAAUUGAUAAAAGCCGGUUUUCGCACGAUCUAGACUAGCUACAGAACAUUCAACCCUAGGAACUUAAAAUUUGGUGUAAAUAACCUCCGUAAGAAAAAACUUCAAUUUUUUAAUCAUGUCUGAUUUCCACUGCCGUUCGCUUCUAGCUUAUAAACAUCUUUACUGUGGGAAAAAUAUGGCAAUUAUUCGCUGACCACCACUCAGGGUGACCGCUUUUCAAGUUGUGAGAACAUAGUUUCUCGGUCCCCGACCUCGUUUCUUCCACCCCUGCAAUGACUCUUCACAGUGAACGAAGCAUUCAUUUUGCGAUACUCAUAUAUGUAAUUUACAUAUCUGGCUGCUACAUUAUAUUUCGCGCUCAGAAAGUUCAUGCAAAUCCCAUUUUAAUUUUAGAGAGAGGAAGAAGAAAGAAAAAGAAUGGAGGCAGAACGUAAGAAGGUAAGUUAACAGAACGGUGUGAGUUGUAAAAAGGCAUGAAGUUCUUCCAUGCCAUGCUCCGACUUUUUUGCGUCUCUGGUAUUCCAAGGGUUACGUUAUCAUCAUCAUCAUCAUCAUCACCAGUAUCAUUGCUAUCAGUAUCAUCGCUAUCAUCAUCAUCAAUAUCAUUAUCAUCAUCGUUAUUUCCUAUUAACAUCUUCUUUACCAUCAUCUUCAUCAUCGUCACCAUCAUCAUCAGCAAUAGAUCACAGAUGACAUCACUGUUUGGUAAGAACAAAAAAGUGGCGCAGGAUCCAUCAGCGAUGUUUCACUGAUGUUCUUUCUACAUUUUGACUUGGCAUAUUCGUUUUAUACAUGAAAAGAAAUGAAAAACUACAAACUUGCCUACAGACUUUUGAGGAUAUGUGCCAGUUUAGGCAUUUUCCAAUAUACAAACGCUACGAUUCGUCUCCUCUUCGUCUUUUUUUCUUUAUCUUGCUUGUGGACAGUUUCCCUCAAACAGUGAUAACAGAAAAUGAUGGCAACUGUUGUGAAGAUUUCGUCCAGUGUAGGUAUUUCCAAUACCUUUUAUUUCCCGGUUUCUCCGUUUUUGUUACUUGCAAGCAGCUGCUGCUUAACUCUUUUCGCUUAUCCUUCGGCUCCAACGAGAGCAAAAACAUAUGCCUGUGAUCUGUUGCAAAAUCAAAAAGAAGCAUUCAAAAUAUGGAGCUUUUCUUAUACUCUCCUGUGAUAAAUUACGGUCACAUUUCACAUUUCACAUUUACAUCACCUAUUUUUACACGAUUUUGAGCAGACAUACCUUAUAAAAGGGACAACAAAUUCAACAGGAAUACACUCAAACUGAAUAGUCUGCCGCAUAAGGUAUAAACUCUACCAAUAGCAAUAUUUCGUCUCGUACAUUAUAAGAAGCUAUGUCAACGAGUAUUAUGACGUGAACUGCGAACUUGAGGGAUCUCGGCUUGAGAAUCUAUUCGACUGUUCUUCCCCGGUCGCACGCGGCGCAUUUUCCUCUGAAACCUCCUUAUUUCUCUUCGCCGAAGCUGGUGUGUUACUCCAGUUGGCGAUCGAAGUUAAGUAGAUCUCUUUGCCUGCACUAUUACUUCAUCUCGAAUUCAAAUAUUUCUUUACAAAAGCGACAUAAUAAGGUUACGCUGACAUCCGUGAACUUGACGUGUUGACAUUUCAAUUACAAGUUAAUUGAUAAAGGGCGGAUCAGCGGCAUCCAAGGCAUGUUUACAGGUUAGCAUUAGGUAACAUCGGAUGAAGUCAGAUUGUUUCUUUCAGUAAAAUUACAUGAAGAACAACUUGAGUCCAACUUUACUAUGUAAUAUAAAAUGAAACAGAAAAAAUCCACUGUAAUGUUUUGAACCCGGGUCACUUGCUUUAUAGCCUACAUCCAUAUCCACUACACCAUCGAGGACUAGCUGCCAAAUCCUAUAAUUUUUAAAAUAUACAUGUUCUUAUAUAUGCCGUACCCCAUUACAGCAUUUGAAAGCUAACCGUUUUCAGUUCAGUGCUUAACCCUAAUCACUGCAGAUCAGUGCUUAACUCUCUACUGUCUUCUCUCCAUAACUGGCGCUCUGUAGUUUUGGUUUCUUCAGCUUUUCUAGCCUCAUUCUACUUUCCAGUCUCCUUCCAUUAUGGAAAUAAUGCGUUGUGUAAAAUUCAUAAGGUGUCCAAUCUGGCUUCACUCGAUGUUAUCUAACGCUAACCAUGUUUAGGGGCUACGCCGCCCUUUUCCCUCCCCAGACUACCUCUCGGCUCGCUUCGCUCGCCGACUUUUUUUCUCUUUUUUGCUCCAAUGCGGACCCUGGUCCAAGGAUAGAAAUUCGCGUCAGUAGUAGUUAUACAUGUAAGUAAUAUCUAACUGUCUUUUGAAAUAGAAGUGAUAAUAUUCAUGUUUAUAAUACCGGGUCCCGUCGUCUACCUAAUUACGCUUCAGAUAGAAAUAUCGGGUGGAGAACAUUUUGACGAGUGAGCAGCGAAUUGAAAAAGAUAAAAAAGAUAAAAAAUAAAAUUAAUAAUUUAAUAAAUAAUAAAAAGAUUGAUGAGAUUUCGUCCGGUAAAAGACAAAUUUCCAGUAACAUAACGAAGAUGGGGUCACAAAAAGGUCGCGUGUGUGUUGCACGUUUUCCGCUCUAACUUUUAAUUGGCGCAUAGAAAAUGCUGAAACUUGGCCGUGAGGUAUAAUAUGACCUAUUACAAAAUAACUGAGAUAGUACGCGCGCUCUGAUUGGCCGAGAGGAGUGUUUGCAUGAGAGUAUGUAAAAACAUGGUUGUGACGUCAAGUUGUUUGGCUUUUCGCGCGCUAAUCACGCAAGCACAAAUUUGAAAAAGUUUUCGAGUUCAAAACUCAAAAAGUUUACUUUAUUUACCCAUUCCCUCGUCGGCUGAAACUUGAAAAAUCGUUACAAAGAAGGUAUGUCAAUUUUUCUUCGCUUAAGCUGACAUUUUAAGCAAAAUCCGUUUUUUGCAAAGCAUCUUUUUGCAAAACAAGAACUGACUUCGCGUGCAAGACUUCAUGGACAAGAUUUUGCGACUGGUAAGAAUUUCUCUUUUAAUCAGUGCCAUACAAAGAGUUUUGUGUUUUUUUUCUCGGGAAAGUUAUUUUAUAAAACUUUUUUCCUGUGUUUGCAUAGCCUGAUAUAAACACUUGAGGCGUUGGGAGAAUUCUCGGACAUUCCAAGUAUUCCUAAAUGGUUACACAUUCCAAACAUAUUUCUGCUACCGCUUUGACAUCCCCACCCCAGCCCCCCACCCCUCCCACCUUUAAUGUAUAGCUUAAAGGAUUAAUAUGGUUGUUACGUCAUCAGUUGAGAUUAUAUGAAGUAUUUAGACGAAUUUUCUACACUCUCACAUAGUGCCUACGUACUAGACACUGAAAAAGUUGUUUUUGUCGCGUUUCUCAUUGUUUUUUCGGCGAUUUUGGGAUUUCGGCUAAUCAGAACGCUUGAUUUAAUUGAAAUUAAUUGAUUAAAAAUUGCUUGCCUACCUCUUACACGGACCGGACCAUAACUUCAUUUUGACCGAGCGCGACCUGGGGUUUAGUUUUGCAACAUUGAAGAUGGCGGAUCAAUGUGAAGCUACAGACGGUGAACUGUUAUUGCCAUUUUGAAAGAUGCACCGAAGCGAGAGAAAUCAAAAUUACAGCGGGGAAUUUGGAACCCACAUACCCUACAGGAUUAAGGCAAGAUAUUCCACGAACUGAACAAGCUGGCUAGGGAAUUUUUUCGAGCUUCCCGCGCGCUAAACGACCCAAUUACAGGAUCGGAGAGCUUACAUCCUAUGUUACAAAGAAGCAUGGUCCGCGCAACUGACCAGAAAUAUUCGCCUUCUUAGUCCAAAAAUGAGCAAAGUACUUCCGUGGACAAGAUAUUUAACCCCCUAAAGUCCUCUUUCUUGAGUUACUGAGUCAUUUAGACAGGAUAUUGGCCAGAUCCAUUCACCCCGAAUGAAGCCUUACAUAUAAGGGAUUAUUUCAUCUCUCAUUUUUCAACUUGCAAUUUUUUUUUUGUUAAAAUAUAUCUUUUAAGAUAAAUCUGACCGAUUUCCGUAAAUGGUUGAAACCGAUGUUGAUCCGCGCCUGAAUGUGCCUUAAAGUAAACUGAUUUGUGAUUGCAAGUCUAUUGUUUGAUUUAGAUUAUAAAUUUAUUAACGGGAACUUCGCUUUUAGCCCUGGCUUGAUCUUUAUAUUAGGACAGCACGCGUCAUGCCUAAGGAAUUGGACAGUACGCGCUAUCACGCACUUCACUGCUGGUAAAUAAAAAGGUCUUCGAAUUUCUUGUGUUUUGAUUUUAAAAAAAGAGUCCUAUGUAUCACAAAUUUUGUUAAAGUUGUGAUUAAUUUAUUGGUAACAGAACUUCGUGUCGUCCGAUUCGGUCUGUAAUCAUACUCAUGAUUAAACAAAUCUGACUCCCGCUACGCGGUCGUCUGAUUUUCGAUUAUGUUAAUCACUUGUACGAUUACAGACCGAACUGGACUCCACUCAGUCCUGUUACCAUUACAAAUCGCAGAAAUCACAGGUUUUGCUGGACAGCCUUCUACCUCCUCUAACACAUGAAUUAAUUAAUCUUAGCAAAUUUCGGUGACAGAGCUUCCUUCUCGCCUGCUUGACAGGUGUGUCCUGAAUGUUUUCCAUGAAUGUACCAAUGAAUGCUUAACUAUCCGUGUACUAAUCGCAGUAAAUUGUUUGAAAUAUGGUUUGCAGUAUGUAGAGUACGCACUAUCAAACAGGUAACAGGCAACUGAGUUCUAAUUUACCCUUAUGAUGGAAAGGACCCUUAUAAAAAGUAGUAGUUUUUUCCCUAAGUUAAGAUUCACCAAGAACAAACAUGGUUGUAAAUUGGACGAUUCGAUUACCGAACUUAAUCAAACUGAGUCCAUGGAUUACUUUCACUUGAAGUUCGCUUGAUCCUCUUGUUUCUUCAUGCCCGCUCUGGAAGUAGACAAGUCAGCAAAAACGAGAAAGAUAAAAAGGAGACAGAAACCUAGCAAGCCUUCUUCGCUAUUGGGAAGCCACCGUUCGAGAAAUACCUUUAACAUGCGUCAUAACCGAAAAGGCGAAUAUAGGGCACAAUGAUUAGGAAGUCAUGCACCACAGAAAUUCGCCAUUUUUUGGCUGCCUUUGUUAGAAGCUGAAUUAACAACCCUAAUACAUUGCAUGGUUUGCUCGCUGCAUCAUCAAGUAAAAGAAAUAAUGAAAUCUACCAUUUUGUGCCAGCCUGCGUAGCGGGCGCCGGUCUUUUUGGAGGACGCGCCCGCGAGCGCGAUGGAAGAAAAGGAGAAGAGGCGUGUCACCUCCUACAUCAGCGUGACUCGCGCGCUGUACAAAUUAACCAGCACCUAACACGAAUGCUAGAUCUCUGUCUAAUCUUCUCGGAAUUUUUAACAUGUUUUGUUGAUAGUCCACCAUGGCAUUUAUCUCUACGAUUUAACAAACAGUUUUAUUUGGUCAUUGUAAUAUAUUGGUACUUUUUUACUUCUGGUACAUGACCCACUGUCAACCUUGCUUUACGGCCACUGGUCACCUGCACACUGUCAAUUUUCCUCGGCGCAACCAUGUAAUAAUUAUAGACAAUGUACUCAGCUAAAGUACUUAAGCCCUUUAACCAAGUAGCCACAGAAUUGUUCUCAAAAUGGGCAAAGUGAAGAAUCGAAAGAAAAAGUUUGUUGCGGAAAGAACUCUUCGACAGGAUCCCUAGCGUGGGCCAGUCUCCCCUUAUGUACUUCUUCGUUGCAACCACGCCCCUGCACUCAGGUAUUUAUAACGGCGCGGGGUUGCAUCUACCCACCCCCUGGUUAAACCGCGUGUCACUGGCUUAACGACUUGUACAUACCUUGAACGUUUACUUUCGCGCAUCGUAUUCCUAGUUCCUUAGCCACAGUCUUAGUCAUUUUCGUAAAAUUUUGCCGGAACAUGUUUAUUGUAUAUUUUCUCAUUGUAUUUUUUGCCCCCUACCUAGACCAGCUUGAAACUCUAACUUGCCCUUUCACAAAAUAGCUCAAAAUUAAAAUACCCUGAUCGAACUAAGAUGGCAAAUACCGCAUUUUGCAUACCAGUUUACACGGUUCCCUCAAAAGUCCUCGGUAUUGGAACAUUUUCAAACUCUGCUUAUAAUCGUUCUCUUCUUUUCCUCGAAAUACAUAAACAUAUACACAUUUGUUUAUUGUUGAUGUUCAUAUAUCAAGAAUCAUGUUUACACUAUAUUUUAAAGGAGGUAUUUCAAAUGCCACAAGUGCAAAGCAAUGACGGAGCUGGGUUUCUGGAAUAGAUUCGAAGAACUUAUGAAAUAUUUCGUUGAAUAAUUAUUCAAGAAUCGAUGUUCAUUCAACCGAAGAACGUACAGUUGGAAUUGAUGUCUAUUCAACCGAAGAAAACAACGUCGCUAAUAGCAGUGAAGAGAAUACCGUAGCUGUCAGCAAUGAAACAUCAAGCUAAACUCCGACAAGCAAGCUUCGAAAAUCAAAAGUCAGAAUUGGUCAUCUGAACGUGCGAUCUUUGGAGACCAGGAAUCAUCUAGUUUAGCUAAGAUCACUAGUUCAAGAAAAUGAACUUGAUGUCUUAGCGGUUUCUGAAUCCUGGCUUAAUUCUUCAGUGAAGAACGCCGAGGUAGAGAUCCAAGGCUACAAAAUUUCCAGACUGGAUAGACAGAAGAAGAUUGGUGGCGGUGUAUGUAUAUACACACGUCCUUCCUUCAAAACGAAGGUAUUAAAAGACCUACAAGUUCUUGGUGAUUUAAGCUGUGAGCUGUUAAAGAGCUGCCGUGAAGGAAACACCCUGAAGGAUUUGUGUGACACCUUGAAGCUUAAUCAGCUAGUAACUUCACCAACCUGAGUUACGACGCAAUUACCGUUUUUAAUUGAUGUUAUUUUAGCAACAAAAAUUAAAAACCAGUGUUGUCAAGGAAACUAGAGAGGUUGAGUUGGGGGUUUCUGGUUCAGCACUAGAAUGGUUUAAGAGCUCCAUACAUGGUCGCCAGCAGUACGUACGAAUUGGCUCUGAAAUGUCCGGAAUGCGUAAACCUACACACUGACUUCCACAGAGAUCUAUUCUGGGACCGGCCUUAUUUAAUGUGUACAUCAACGAUUUGCCUGGCAUCCCAGAUUAUUGCUCCUUGCCACGUAGAUGAUUCCAAAUUACAUCUAUUAUUCCCAGUCAAGGAUAUCGACAGAGCAGCUCGACAAAUAACCGAAGACCUGAAGAAAGUUGCCUCGUUGGUGCUGGCAGAAUAGCCUUCUAAUCAACCCCGAUAAAACGACAUUUCUCUUAAUUGGCAACCCGUGAAAUGCUGGAAAAUGUGUCCGCAGAUCUGGAUUUACAUGUUACUUCAUUGGGGAAAGAGUUGCGCCUGGUUCCCUCGGCAAAGGACCUUGGAGCGCAUAUGGGUGCUACAUUAAGUUUUGAUGACCACAUAAAAUGUAUUUCAUCUUCUUGUUUGUCGAGUUUAUGUCAAAUUAAUAGGGUAAAACCUCUUUUAGACACAAACAAUCUAUUAAAUGUUAUAAAUGCUCUAGUCUUUAGCAAACGCUACCACUGUUCCUCUGUUUUGUCUAGUACAACGAACAAGAAUAUCAACAAAUUACUGCAUGUUCAAAACUUCGCUGCGAGGAUCAUAACCCGUCCGUUUACAUUUGAUCUCAUCACUUCUGUUCGUAGAGAACUAAAAUAGCUGCCUGUCUCAUCCAUGCUUGUCUGCCGGGUGGCAUAUUGGCUUUUCAAGUACUUAAGGGGAUUGGCUCCAGACUAUGUGGCUAAAAAUUUAAACGAGGUCCGAAAUUCACAAAAGAGACACGCGCAACAAACAGAAGAUAGACAUUCCCGGCUACAGAACUGCCUUAGACCAAAGGACCUUUCAUUAUCGGGCCGUUUCGCUGUGGAACGCCUUACCCGAAAGGCUCACUAAGAUAACAAACAUUGGGGCAUUCAAGAAGGAACUUAUGCGCUAUUUAGAAUCGUUUUAGUAAGCAGUCUAUUUUUAAGACAGGGUUACUUAUUAUUUUUGUCUUCUUAGGCAAUACCUCUGUGCCUACCAAACAAUUGCACUUGGGAUUCUGAGACAGGUCUGAGCGUUUCAUCAGAAGAGGAACGUGGAUACCUGUAUGUAGUGGAAGAGGCCCUUGAACAACUCAGGAAAAUAAAAGGUAAAUCAGUGGUACAAUAUCAUUGAUUAAAACUUCCUAUUUGUCAAUUGGGAUGAUUGAUAAUGGUAAUUGAACUGAGUAAAGUGCAAUUUGGUCUGAAAUCAUAUGCAUGAUUUUAAAAUCAGACGAGUGCGAAGUGCGAGUUCGAUUUAAAAUCACAAGUAACAUUUCAGACCAAAAUUGCACGACACGAAGUUCAAUUACCACUUUAUUGCAGCCAUAUUCAGCCGGUACCAAAUUAUAUUGAUCUAGUCGUUGGUUUGUUGAAAAGUGGAAGCAAAAGGGCCGUUUCAUCUCAUUCUGAUGCGACUAUAGAGCAAAAACGUUGUAAUUUAGAACAAAAGUGAUGCGAUUUAGAACAGAAAGACGCAAUUUCGAACAGACGUCAUUUAGAAAAGAAAAUAGUGCGAUUCGUGAAUAAUUAUCACUCUGCUGAGAGCCAAUCAGAUUGCAGGGAUCACCAGUGAUUUUAAAAUGGAGAUGAUAAGAGGUAAUACUUUAAUUAUCUAAUUAAUGAAAUUUGUUGCAUAUAUGAUUUAACUUAUAGGAAAUGAACGAUGCACUUUAUUAACGCGAUUUUUUUCAAACUUGCGUUAAUUUGAUGCAUCUUAAUUUACGUCAAUGUUAGUUUAUAACUUACUCCGGGAGAAGAGUUCGUUUAAAUCACACCAUUACAUCAUUGUUGUUUUACAGCACCUUUAUUUCAUAACAAAACCUCGGCGGCUCAUAGUUCUCCAUACCUCGGAGUCACUAUCUGGCAGUUAUUCUUUAAGAAUUGAGUUCAAAAUGUCUUUCGACUGGUCUUUGUAUUGAUCCGUUUCUCCAAGGGGAUAGCGUAACUUCUUCAGUCUUUGUAACAAUGAGAUAACAAUAACUGGGAAUGCUGCUUUUUUUUCCUUUCGCGAUGUCUAUGUUGAGAAGUUUGUAUUGCAGCAAAUUCACGUAAAAUAAAGUUAGCCGCACAUUGUUUUCGAAAAUUUAGCGUUAAUUUCAUGUAUGUAAACCUAAUUUGUAACAGUAUUUAUGAGAAGUUUUUGACGGAUAAGUUGAAGCUUACAAAUGUUUUUGCUGGAGGUGCGCAUGCGUAAAUAUGGUCAGAAGACGUCCCACAGAAGCAUUCUCUGCGAAUAUUUUUUUCCGUUCUCUACCAGCAUUUGCAGCCUGUUUUCUGGAGAUGAAUGAAGUAUACUGGGAACUAAGUUUGACAAAAGUGAUCUUUAUGGUAUUGAGUUUUUUCUACAUAAAAGUGAUUUUUAUGUGGCCUCGCGGUUGCUCUUGAGAGGACAAUCGUUUCUUUCGUACACGUACGUAUAGCAGUUCGUACGUAUAGCAGUACAUCAAAAACAAGAUAGCUGCAGUUGGUGUUACGACCAAAUACGGGAAGGUCGGUACGAUCAUUUUUCAUUAAACAAUUAUCCUGUAUGCAUUUAAUUCUUCUGAACAGAAAAACUCUAAAAUUGAACUUAAUUGCUUCAGGUAAUACUCAAGGGUUAAUUAAGUGUCCAUUUUUUUUCCGUGAAACUGCACUUUUCACCCUUUUACUGGCUUGUCGUCUUUUACUGGCUUGUCGUCUUUCUCCCCACAUCAAGUUAAAGAUUAACGAAACCAAGAACACUUCCACGAAUGGUUUGAUGAAGGCUGUGAUAAAUCGCCUUAUGCAGUACUUUUGCUUUCUUCACCAGUACUUUCUCGUUUGAGAAAUAAUAUACAUACACCUCAACUAUAAAUUUUAAUUUCAUUUUAUGAUAUGCCAGUAAGAUUGUGUUUUGAAAAUAAUUAACUCUAUCAUUUAUUUUUACAGAGGAAACGAAUUACAGCAAUCGGUUUGAAUUCUGAUUUUUUUCCACCUCAUUUUGUUGGUACACUGUUUGUCUACAUUUCAUUAUGCAAAUAACUGUAAGAUUUGGGCGUUUUAAAGAAAAUCUAGCCUAACUCCCCUAUAGCACGAAAUAAAACGUUACUAAUCACUUUGAAAUAAAUCAACGCAUUUGUUUAAAAAACAAUUGCAUUUAUUCCUAAAUAAUGCCAUUUUGUGGAUUCUACAUUUGUUGAUAUGCUAAUUUGUGAAACAUUUCAUUCAUUGUUUAUUAAGACAAACUUAUCCCCUGUAUUGAAUCACGUUCUUGUUUUUAUCGAUAUUUGCUUGAUAAUUUUUUCCCGUAGGGUUCUAUGUUCAAAUUAUAAUUACAUAAAGGGUUCAUCUGAAUACAGUAAAAUACUCUCAACAGAAACAUAAGUAACAGACAAAUUCACCUAUCUAUUUGUGUCAUGUUUAUUGUCGCAUCCCAACUCAUUCUUACCUCUGUGAGGUAACGGCGUUAUAUGCACCUCUCUCACAAACUUCCUAUUUUAAGGUUAACAGGCUUUGAACGUGAACAAACAUUAGCGUGUGAACAGGCUCUCUGUUUGGGAAAAAAUAGCAAGGAAAGGGAAGGGAAAGGGGGGGAGAGAGCCUGUAGACAAACAUUUGAGACCGCUAUUCCGCCCUCUUGUAAUUAUCCUGCCGAUCAUCUGUUAGCCGGCAAGAUCGUUAUCUGUCAAUCAAUUUCGCGCGAGAGUAACUCCUGGGAAAAUUAAUGGGAAAUGAACCGUGUUUUGCUCCGUCUGGAAACAAAGUGAAAUGGAUUUUGCAUAAAGUCGUUGAUCUCCGGUAAGAGAAUAAAUACGGUGCCGGUCAUUGGCGUUUUAAGAAAUGAGACCUUGCUGGUUGACAGUGGCCAAGAAAGCGUUGUACUAGCGCAAGCAUUUGAAUCCUCAAGAUUUCCCCUUGAGCAAGGAAAGAAGUGAUUUUCCUGUUCCAAGAUAUAAUACUGUUAAGUAUGGAAAGCACAGUAUCAGAUAUUUAGGCCAACACAUAUGGGGCAAGAUAAGCCAGGAACUACGCAGUAAGACCAGUCUUCAGGCAUUCAGGAGAGGGGUGCGUGCUCUCAAUGUGCUUGGCUUGCUGGACGGCACGUGUGGCUGCUGUGCAUGCUCAUCUUAGGGUGGUGGGUAUGCAUAGUGGCUUCUGCUGUGUGGCUGCCUGGUGUAUUGAGAGUGUACUCCCCUAUCCUCUAUUUAAUUCGUCUAAUUUAAAUUUUCUAGACUUUUAACUUCCUGAAUUUUGUAUCUAUAUUUUACUGCUGCUUAUAUGUUUGUCCUAUAUUGUCUGUUUGUUUGUCUGUCUAUCUGAUUGUCUGUUUUGUCUACCUAUUUGUUUGUCUUUGUUUGUUCCCUGCUUGUGCUACUGUUUGUCUGUAAUAAUUUUAUAUAUUGAUGUUAUUUUUAUAUAUUAAUGAUAUAUCCAGAAUAUAUUUUUAAUAUUUUUACAUAUACUUGAUUUAAUCUUAUAUUAUAUUCAUUUUAUUUAUUUAUAGUGUCCACAAUUAGCUUUUAGCUAAAUACCUUGACACUUUAAUAAAGUUUAUGUACGUAUGUAUGUAUGUAAGGAGAAAGCUUUUCCGAUUUAAGCUGCUUAACUUGUACGCGACGGGCCGUUCGUCUUCCUAGUUCAGUUUCUACUUUAACAUGCCCCUGCAAUGAGCUAACUUGGAAUGCGAAGGUUAAAGAUACUAUCAUGACUACUCCAGAACGUGAAGCUCCAAAGACAAGUACAAAGAGAUCAGCAGCGCUUCGAUCGCCGACAGAAAUUACACCUUUGGGUAUUAAUCCCGCAUUUACAGCAAUAAAAGGGGGCGGUAGGCCUACGCGAACUACGCGACGUUUACCUCAUGCCAAAAUGCUGCUUGUUCCCAUAAGUUUUUUCGUCUGCUGGGUAGAUUAUGCUCUGGAAGGUUCUACAUUUUCACUGAACAGAUGUGAUUUUAGCCGCUUGUUUCACACUGAGAGGUCAUGGCACACGUAUCGAUUUACUGUGGUUUUUGCCUCUGGUCGGCAGGAUUUGCCCUCUGAUCCAAGAGCAUUUUGUUUGACCUCUUUUGAAGCGAAAAGCGUUUUGUUGCGGCUGAAUAAGGGUCUUACUUUUUUCCAAAGUGCCUUCUGGUUCUGAAUAACUAAGCGAUUUUCUUCAGCCCGUGAAUGUAAUGUUUUUCUAAAAUGCUGUAUUACGCUGGGCCCAGCUCGUUAGUUUUCUUUGCAGAAUGUUUAAAAAUUAUCACGGAUAGUAAUUUACAGAUCCAAAGUGCAGCUUAAACCGAAGCUACAUCAACUAUGGAGAAUUGCAUUGUGACUCGAUAAACUCCAGCUUAGUGUUUGUCUAAAGAUAGAGCGAGUCUUUUGACUGGAGCGUAUAGUUCCUCCAUUGGUAAUAGCUUUUGAACAAGCGUAACAGUCUUUAAAGUAUUUUGUUAUUGCCACUUUGUGAUCAAAUCGCGUGCAACGUGCCGACCAAGAAGCCGAUGUCAAUCGGACCUGUACGAGUCAACAGUCAGUGUUCUGGCCAAUAAGAACUUGCAUCAGGAUCUGAUGCACAGCCAUCUGGUGCCGUGGAACGGCGGUCACAAAUGUUUGUCUACAGGCCUUUUCGCUUUUCCCUCUCCCUAGUUCCCCGCUCGACCAAAGGCCUGUUCACAGGCGAAACAAACAUCGUCAGAUAGAUUUAUGGAGUAAUGGCCACUCUCUGUUUUCAUGCAUCACUCCUGCUAUUAAAUAAAAAUGAAAAAUGAGAGCGGACACGUGAGCUGUCAUUCAAGAGUCGCUUUAAAGUAGUAGCUUAUUAUAGGAAAUCUCUGAAUCUUUUAGUGUUAAAAUAAUUAUAAAAGUAUUUUUCGUUUUUUGUAUUAUUAUCUGCAUAGAGUGAUCUCAUGAAAUGUUCAAAGUACGUAGUAUAUGAUCACUUGCAAUUAGACAAGUUGCAAAUUAGUUGUCUUAGACAAUGCAUUCUUCAUUUCCUGUAGAAUAGUAUUUUUUAUACUUUUCCACGUAAACUUUUCAAAAACUAUAAAAGCAUUGAUUUAUGGCAACGUGUGCCUCCGCGAUCAGUUUAAACAGCACGUUAAUAAAUAAACCUUGCCUAUUAAACCAUUUUUUGUCUUUUUUAAAGCAGCUUAAUUUUUGCUACCAUACAUUUCUUCCUUGAUAAGUAAACCAUGAGUUGGAAAUCAAGCCAUAUAGAAAUCGUACGCAUUCAGGAACAGUAACUUUGGUGUUAAGUAUCACAGUCUUUUAAAAACCAAGAAAAUCUACCCGCUAAAAUUAAAAAAAUCUCCCUCUCUCUGAGAAGAAACACAGAGCUUUAUUUGCUUCUGUCAACUCACUGUGAAUGAGAACAUUUUUUUGUCUCUUCUUGCAAAUGCUGUUAACAGCAGCUACGAUCGAGGUGAGCGUGUUUACCUGCAGUGUUUUUUGCCAUGUUAACUUGCUGACACGUACAGUUUUCGAAAAUAUUUGCUUUCCUUUUUUUCUCCAUACAUUAACUUCUGUUUCUAGACAAAAUUGGUCUUGCGAGGAAAUCCCGAGUUCACAAAACAGUGACAAAGCGGCCUUGUUUUCCUCUGAAGUGUUAGAAACAUUGAUUCGAGAGUAUAUAUGAAAGGCAACUACAGUAAAUCAGUUCACAAUAAACCACGCCGUUUAAAUACCAUGAAGUCUUUCCUUAGCUUCGAAAUCAUCAAUACUGGGAUAUUCUUCUUUUUUUUUUUUCAAAACGUUUUUGCUCUGAAACUUGGCAAAACACCCAGUUCACGACAGCGAUUUUGUUUUGCUUUAAGCUUUAUAUAUUCACCGCCUAGCGCGGUGAAUUUGUAUAUCUCAUUGGACGGUUUAGUGAGUACUAGUGGGAUAUUUUUACGAGUCACGCUGUAUUUGGGGGAGCCCGUAGGGCGAGGGCAAAAUACAAGAUACAAGUAAAAAUAUCCCACGAUACUACAUACUAAACCGUCCCAUAAGAGAUUUAUUAUUCAAUUCGAGGAGUAUAAAAUAGGACUAAGUAUAGGGUGUGUUCCUUUCGGCGAAUCCAAAAACGGAUUUGAUCCUAGAUUUGCCGGAUUUCGAGGUCGAAAGGAACGUGAAAUCCGAAAUUGGAUUUGUAACCUUGGUAACCUUUCGUAAGCACGUGCAAUAUGCAUGACAGCCUCUCAACAAAUGACGUGUUUUCUACUGUUUGACAAAUUAUGCGAUUAUACCAUGAAGAAUUUUGUGGUCGGCAUUUCGAAUAGCGACGAUGGAACAUAAACAGAUCAAGAAAAAAGCGCGUUGAAGUUGAAAAUUAUGUAAAGGUUGAUUGGUCAAAAACGAAAACUUGUCAAACUAGUUUACUUUCUAAAUCAAUUUUUUUCAAGUUUUUGUCGGUACUUCGCGAUCGAGGAUCUAUCUUUGUAACAUUUGCUAGGAAAUCAGACAUGGAACGACAAAUAAUAGCGAGGCUUAAGAUGGUGCUGUAAGUGAGAAAACUGAACAGAGCAAAUUGCUAUGGAAAGUGAAAAACUCUUCCACAAAUUCAAGGAGUUUCAAGGAGCUAUACUCGUAAACAAAGAACUGAAUUGUUGAGACCUUAUCUUCGCUGGGUUAUACCGUAAGAAAAAAAAAAAGAUUAAUGGACUUUGUUUCUUAACCGGGUUUUGGCCAUCACGGCCAUCUCAUCGUACACAGGUCCGUUUUCAUCUUCUCUGUUGUGUCUUGAACUUAUAAAGUUUGUAUGUUCUAUCUAGUUUUAAUUAAUGUCCAUAUUUCAUUGUUGUUCAGGCAACUUUACUCUAAACUCGGUUUAAUCUUAUUUAAGCCUACAAGUUGGCUCCUAUUCCGUUUUUUUCUUCGGAAAACCAUACAUUUUCUGCCAUGUACGACGUUUGUAGAUUAAAACCGGUCAAACCGGUCUUCUGAAGAACAAAUACCGUAAAAUAUCUGUACUCAUUUUUAGCGUUAUUUGUACUCUACUGAGUGAAGUUGAAUAAAUAACAAUUAUUCACCGAAGUGGAGGUGGCUAGUAUUGGUUGGAUAUUUACCGAGGCCGCGAAGCGGCGAGGUAAAUACCCAUACUAGCCACCGACACUGAGGUGAAUAAUUGUUUUAGUAUAUACUAAAACAGUGAGAUAACUGAGCACAAAAUGAUGCUUUUUAACUCAUGUACUGUUGCGAACGAUUACAAUUUUGACGUGCGAUGAACGAACGGCCGCGGUCGUCGCUUUUUCUUAGCGACAAAUAAAAUUUUUGAAGGCGUUUGUUUAGCUCUUGCUGGGAAGUUUCUUCAAAAGGAGUUGUGAAUUCUGUUUGUAUUCAAAAUAAUUCUGUAAAAAAGAUUAUUAAAUUUAGUUUUAAGCUUAUUUAUGAACAAGUCAACUAAAUAAAGUAACGUAAGACUUAAGCUUAAUUUGCAUUUGUAAACAAAAAACGUUUUCACCGGUUUUAUCGAUAACUAUUCAAGUCAAAAAGACAAAGCUUUACCUGUUAAUUAAAACUUCCAAACUGAACUUUAUGAACUUUUCAUAAAGACAAAGAUUGCAUUUUUUGCUAAUGUUGUUAUAGGCUUUUCAUUUCUUUAAAACUUUCCAUUUUAUCUGGAAAGGUUUGUUAGAGUCUUGUAAAGUCCAAAUAUAUUUUGAGAGUUCUUUGUCUUUAUGAAAAGUUCAUCAUCAUUUGUAAAAAAGAGCUUUGUAGCCUAAACAGGCGAAACGAACUAGCGAGUUCAUGCCCCCACAGAAACAGAUAUGUACUUCAGAACUCUAGAGUAACGUAACUAAGACACAAUCCAUCUGUUACCAAGAUACUAUCUUUUAACGCAUCCCUAUAUUUUACCGCCAGCUUUUAAUUUUAACGGUCAAUCGUUGAAGUUGCCUGAUGAGUGUGGUCCUACAAUUUCGGACCAUACGAAACAGCACUCUCGCAAUAAACGAUCAAUGAUUACUCCUGAUGCCUAAACUCCUGUGAUUAUUAAUAGUCAAUGCUCUUCAAUUAACUAAACUGAGCGCUCUACGAAAUACGGUCUACCCAGAAUACAAGUAGUUAUAUAUAUAUUGUUUUAUUCUUUUGUUUACUUCUUCAUCGCCUUGCCGUAAGGAUCAGUUUGCCGUUUUAUAUUUUUCUUUAGUGAAAACAAAAUGGCGAUGCACUAUGGCGACCGAAGUAAGCAAGUUUUAGCUUGUUUUUAAACUUGGAAUUAUUUUGAAGAAAUAAUAAAACAAUAAUUGAAUUUGACUUUCGUAGGAUAUGAAGAAUUAAGCCGAUCGAGGAAGGUGUUAUCCACCGAGGACUUGGGCCUCGGUGGAUAACACCCUCCUCGAUCGGCAGUAUUCUUCAUAUCUAUUGUUUGUUUUUAUUAUUAUUAUUAUUAUUAUCAUUCUGCCAUACACACAAUAUACAUAUAAAAUUUAAAAAAAUACAUGAGGCAAGGGAGUUCAAGGAAGCCAAUAAGGCUUGUGUAUAGAACCACCUUUAAAAUUAUGUUAUCUAAUUAAUAAUUAAAAUACUUACAUCGGCAAUUUAACUUCAAGUACACACUUUUUGUUUGGAACAUAGAAAAUGAUCAUUAAAUAGGAUAAAAAUAGAAAAGACGGAACGUGUAAGUGCAAAAACGAUAAAGAAAAUGUGAGAAAAACAAUGCAAGAAUAAACGAGAAAAAAAAAGCGAAAGAAGCGAAAAACUACGCACAAGAAUCAGGAGAGCUUAAGUAUGCUUAUACCAAGAAAAAAUGACUUAAGUUUAGAAUUGAACAAGACAAACUAGGGGCAUUCUGAAUUUCUGAGCUAAGGGAAUUAAAUAUUUUGGGCCCUUGAAAACGAAGGGAAAAUGUUCUUGCAAUUGUCCUGCAGUAGGGAAAACGGAAGGAAUUCUUACUUGUUAUAUGAAUGUACGUAUAUUUUCCCCAUCAGAUUUGAUGUGCCCACGAUAUUGUCAUUCAGCAGAUGCAUGCAUGCGCACGCAAAUUGCCUUCCUGUUCGGCGUGAACUGUUCACCAACACGCUAACACAAAAAAUGAUUUGGCGUUAAGGACACUUUCAAAUCUUGCUGAUAAAUAAGCAAACUCUCCGAGCCUGUGGCAACUGUGAUAAGUUCUUCGUCGGUGGCAUCGAUCACUGCCACCAGAAGCCGGCUCCUGCUGCUAUCUACUCCUACAUACGAUUUUCUUCUUAGUUGCUUUAAACACCAUCCCAUGUGCCUCAUCAAUAUGAGUAGCACCAGGAAGGGAGGGGUUGAAAUGCCAUUCGAUUUCCCUCCGUGGAGUCUUUCGAUGAAUCAUUUCUUUGUCGAUUCACAAGUUCUUUACAGGUUCAAUGACUGUUACAACGAAAUCGUUUCGAUUAAUCGUGAACAAUGUUUUACGUUUCUUACGCAAUUAAACAUUUGAAGUGCCCGAAAAAUGAACAGUCUUUCUUUCUGUCGGAUCUGUCUUGUCUCAUUUUGCCGAGGAAAUCAGUCGGGAAAGUUUUUUUUUUUAGUUAAAACAUGAGGAGAGAUAAGUCAAGUCAGUUUUCCUUCCCUUUCUUUUUAGUGCCAGUAUGUGUAGUUUCUAUCGCCGGACAGUACAGAAAAGGAAAGUCGUUUGUCUUAAGCGAGGUGUUUAAUCAGCCAGAAGUAUUUGCUCUUGGACAUGAUAUCAGACGUAAAACAAUG